AUGUCGAGCCAGCAGCAUCCGCUCAUCUCGGCGCCCGUUGCGGCCGUGCCCAUGAGCUCGGCGACGAGCGCUGCGUUUGGCUCUGGCUCUGGCCCUGUCGCACCGCCGCGCACUGGCGCGACGUCGCCCGUGUCUGCGUCGCGGCCAAACCGCCCACAGUCGCCGCCAGUGGUCGUGCGCGCGUCCUCAGCCAUCCCGGAUGACGAUGCGGUGCCGCUCGCAGAGAGCGAGUACAACAUCAACAAGAUCACCGAAAUCCAGGCGUCGUUCGUCGGCGGACAGGUGUACGGAACAUCGUUGGCGAAAGGCCGCUAUGCCAAGCAAGUCGCCCUCGAAUUGGACCAAAUGACUGUCACUGCCCAAUGCCACUACCUCCCGACCGUUUACGACUCGGAGAACAAUAUUGAUUUUGGCAAAGUUCCCUUGAGCCACGUUGCGGCAGUGUGGGUCCCUGACGCCAAAGUAACGACUUGCAUGGUUUGUCAAAACAGCAAGUUUACCACCUUCAACCGCAAGCACCAUUGCCGCAACUGUGGCAAAGUCGCGUGCGGAAAUUGCACUUCGCAGUCGUGGCUCCUUCCGAUGUCCUCCAAGCCGCAGCGUGUUUGUGACGAAUGUGUGGCUCUUUUGAAGAAAUCCAGCGCUGGCGCGUCUUCUCCUGCCAUAACUGCAACCCCAUCCAGCGCUGCUGCUCCCGUUCCUGCCGCAGCUGCUGCUGCUCCGCGUCCCCAGCCAGCUCCGCGACGCCCAAAGCCACCGCCCGCAGUGCCGACUGCAUCGUCCACUGCAAACGGGCCCUCCUCGCCCUCUGCUCCGGCAAACGACGACGACAGCGGCUCUGGCACGGACUCGGACGACGACACCAGCGAUACGGACGCUGAAGAUGAGCCCCAACCGAGCGCUCGGCCGCAAUCAGCGCCGCGACCAGCGGCACCCGCCCCUGCACAGCGAACGUCCCGCUUUGGCGAUCUCGAUCAAACUAUGAAGGCUGUUGUCAACCAACAGGCUCUUGAAGCUAAGGGCGCAAUGGAAAAGGUUUGCCUCGAUGGAUGA